AUGAAUGAUAACGUUGAACGACGGAAGAAAAACGAUGUCGAACGGAAGAAAGGGUAUCACGAGAAGCGCCAAUCUGGACCGCUCAUCAGCAAGAAAUCAAUUUCGUCUAUGACCUCUUCCAGCUUCUUGGCUCGCAAAAAAGUUUCCUGGCAGAACCUUGAAAACGAAGAAAAGUGCUCCAAGAUAUUACACUCAACAGGAUUCAAGACAGAAGAUAAGACGGCGUCUACACCAUUCUUAUCGUCAACGGGCUCCGGCUUUUCUGGACAAACGAAAGCCACUUGGAUACAUGAGAAAAGCAAAGUUCCGGAUUAUUCCAAGCCACGCUCUCCAAUUGGAUUCCAUUUGACUGAAAAACCAAAAGUUGGGAACCCGUUGGACAAGAAGCCAAGCGGUAAAUUAGUGCCCAAAGUUACCAAAGGACAAUCUGCUGGAAUUAGUUGUUCGAUUCUAGAUCAACUGAUUCCGGAUCCAGAAGUUGAGAAAGAAAUCAAGGAAAAGAAAAAAGCCGAAUUGGAACAAUUUGCAAAGGAGCGAGAAGAAAAACAAAGAAUGAUGAUGCAAAAAGCUGAAGAAGCAAAGCGUCGCUGGGCCGAUGAGAUUGAACAGAAGCGUCUUCAAGAAGAGCGAGCCGAGGUACACGCAAUGGUGUCAAAGAAUAUGUUGCCUGCAGCUCAAGUGAUGGUUCCACCGCCACCCCCACCGCCAAAACCCAUUGCACCACCUCCACCGCCAAAGCUCACCGCACCACUUCCACCAGUACAUCCGAAAUUCACCGUACCUCCGCCACCUCCGCCUUCGUUGACAAUGCUGCCGUCACAUUCUCGAUGCUUGGUUGUACCACCACCACCUCCUCCACCUCCGCCGCCGCCUCCUCCACCACCACCUCCGCCUCCUCCACCACCACCGCCUCUAUUGGUGCCGGGCUCGGCAAUACAACAGCGUUUGCAGUCACACAUGACACCUCAUCAGAGCUGGAAUCCACAAGGUCAAUGGUUUGAUGGUGGCGGAAAGGUUGGAAUCGGUUGGCGUUUUCAAGAGAACAAUGAAAGACGUUUU